GCAGGAGUUUGAAGAACUGGAAGUAGUUAGCUGCAAGCUCGAGUUUUCCCCAUGACUUCGGUGACCAGAGCCGUGUUCGGAGACCUGCCGUCGGGAGAAGGAACAGUGGAGAAGUUCCAGCUGCAGUCAGACUUGCUGAAAGUGGACAUCAUCUCCUGGGGCUGCACCAUCACAGCUCUGGAGGUCAAGGACAGGCAGGGGAGAACCUCAGAUGUGGUGCUCGGUUUUGCCAAGUUGGAAGGGUACCUCCAAAAGCAGCCCUACUUUGGAGCAGUGGUUGGGAGGGUGGCCAACCGAAUUGCCAAAGGAACAUUCACAUUGGAUGGGAAGGAGUACAAGCUGGCUGCCAACAAUGGGCCCAACAGUCUGCAUGGAGGAGUCAGAGGGUUUGAUAAGGUCCUUUGGACCCCUCAGGUGCUAUCAAAUGGCGUUGAGUUCUCACGCAUCAGUCCAGAUGGUGAGGAAGGCUACCCUGGAGAGUUGAAAGUCUGGGUGACUUACACGCUGGAUGGCGGAGAACUCAUGGUCAACUAUAGAGCGCAGGCUAAUCAGACUACACCAGUCAAUCUGACCAAUCAUUCUUACUUCAACCUGGCAGGCCAGGGUUCUCCAAAUAUAUACGAUCAUGAAGUCACUAUAGAAGCUGAUGCUUUUUUGCCUGUGGAUGAAACCCUGAUUCCUACAGGAGAAGUUGUUCCAGUGCAAGGAACUGCAUUUGACCUGAGGAAGCCAGUGGAGCUUGGAAAACACCUGCAGGAGUCCCACAUCAAUGGUUUUGACCACAAUUUCUGCCUGAAGGGAUCGAAAGAAAAACGUUUUUGUGCAAGGGUCCAUCAUGCUGGAAGUGGACGGGUACUGGAAGUGUACACCACCCAGCCAGGUGUCCAGUUUUACACAGGCAACUUCCUGGAUGGCAUGCUCAAGGGGAAGAGUGGAGCAGUGUAUCCCAAGCACUCUGGUUUCUGUCUCGAGACCCAGAAUUGGCCCAAUGCAGUAAAUCAGCCCCACUUCCCUCCUGUGCUGCUGAGACCUGGUGAGGAGUAUGACCACACCACCUGGUUCAAGUUUUCUGUGGCUUAAGGAAGUCUGAAGACAUGACUUGUGCCAGGGCCAAGCUAGUAACUCUCUCGGCAGCCUGUUUCCUGUACAGAGAUGAGAUGAAGAUUUAGAGGCUUUACAAGUGAUCCUAUGAGUUAAAAUCAUAGAAAUGGUAGUUGUCAUGAUAAUCUUUCUGAGCAUUGCUUUCCUAUGAGAUUUUCCAAUAACUGAGGAGCUC